AUGGCUUUAAAUCCUUUGUCCAAAAUACUCGAAGAAAACAAACAUACUGGACCAAAUUUCACUGAUUGGCUCCGAAAUUUGAGAAUCGUUCUCAAUUUAGAAAAGAUCGGUUAUGUUUUGGACCAAGAUCCUCCAUUGAUUGGUAUCAUACCAGAUGAUGUUGAUGUUGAUCAGCUUGCUACUCAUAAUGUUGAGGUUGCAGCAUUUGAUAAGCGGAAGGACGAUGAUCUGAGGGCUAAGAGUUAUAUCCUUGCCUCUAUGACCAAUGAGUUACAACGUCAGCAUGAAAAGAUGUCUGACGCAAAAUCUAUGGUCAAUCACCUACAAGAGUUGUACGGUGAGCACAGUAGGAUUGCACGUUAUGAGGUUACUAAGGCCUUAUUUCGAGCAAAACUACAAGAAGGAGGAAAUGUAGGAGAUCAUGUCCUAAAUAUGAUUGACUUGUUGGAGAGAUUGGAAGAAUUAAAUAUCUUCCUUGACUCUGAGCUUGAAGUAGACUUAAUUAUACAGUCUCUUCCGGAUUCUUUUGGGCCUUUCAUAAUGAAUUUCCACAUGAACAAGCUUCAUUGUUCCAAAUCUGAUCUGCACAAUAUGUUGUGCACUGCUCAUGCUACAAUGAAGGGUAUAAAUACUGAUACUGUUCUUUUGGCCUCUUCCAAGUCGAAGAAGAAGAGAAAGAACAAGAAGGCUUCUGAAGUGAAACCAACUGGGGUCGUGACCAAAACUAAAGGGAAGGUUGUAAGUAAAGGAAAGUGUUUCCAUUGCAAAAAAGAAGGGCAUUGGNAUAUUAAGUUGUAA